GAUGAAUUGUCAAUCACAGCCACAGCAAGUAGGAUCUCAUGAUUAUCAGCUUUUGCUGCUUAAGAAACCCAGUUAUCUCCACUUCUUCCUUAAACCUCUGAUAUCUUUUCUAGCUUCCCCCCUUGAAAUAUCAACCCAUCAUCUAGUUGGAUCCCACUUGUUCUUUCACCUGCAUGUUUGAGACGAUGGAUGGAGAGAAGAGGAAAACCACCGGUCUCGGUGAGGUCUCGUUUUCUUCUUACCGUAGCACCGCCGAAGAGAUCUUUGUGCAUAAGAUUGCAGAACCUCGAUUGACAAGAAAUAAGCGCCCGGAGGGAGAGAUCAGUGUUUUCGGAGCUGAAAAAUACUUCAAUACAAGAUUCGACGACGACGACGACGACGGUGACGGUGAUGAUAGGUUUUCAAAUAAGCGAGAUGAUCCGCCGCAUCAGACUGGUCCCCGGCGGUGGCCCGGGACACCGAGUGCAAGCUCCGAAGCAAGUUGGAGCAGCCAGAGUGUUUUGUUACGAAGUUUCAUGAAGGAUCGAUCAAUAAACAAGAAGAAGAGGGUUGAUGGGAGGAGUUUUUUGGCUAAUCUUAGCUGCACCGGGUCUUGUUCCAAUGGGAAAUCUGUUUAUGUCAAUCAAGAUGUUGAUCGCGGAAGGGUUCAUGUUCAAGAAGUGAACAAGAAAUCGAUUCGACCGAGAUUUAGUCCGAAAGACGAGAUCAAUCGGAUGAAGGUGUGUUCGGUCCCGAGACUCGAAACACAGCUGGAUGAUCCACGGAAAUCUCUGGAAGUGUUCGGAUCCACAGCAAUGAAGAAAGGGGACGUAACCAAGAAUCUCGAGAGGAAACUGUCCAUGUUAACUUGGGAUGCCAUCCCCAAAGCUCCCUCCGUUUCAUCCAUUUCGAGAACCAAUCGGAUGGAUGAUGACGCCGGGAGUGAUUGUAGCUCGGAUCUCUUCGAGAUCAAUAACAUAGACGGCGACGGUCCGUAUGCACCGAGCGAGACCAGCGUCGAAUGGAGCGUCGUCACUGCCGGAGCAGCGGACUCCUCGUUUGUUUCCGAUUACGACGAAAAGAAAUCGAAAACAGUCAGUAGAGCGUCCAAUGCCGCCAAAGAAGCACAGAGAAGCCGAUCAGGUGGGAUAUUGGGCUGCAAGAGUCACAAAGCAGUCAUGGUCGUCGAAACCGCAUACACCAAGAGUCCGAACAUCAUAGAUAGUUAAAAUCCUUUCUGUAUG